AGCAAAGUGAAACUAAAACAGAGGGUUCCUUUGUCCCUUUGAAUGUUAAAGUACAAGUUUUCCCUCUUCACUAACGUUAGGUUUAUAAUGAAUGGUAAUAAACACUGUAUAGAUACAGAUCUUGAAUUUUUCUGGAGUGUAGGGUACUGAACAAGGAGACAACUCACAGCAAAAUGUUUAUAUUUGAAGCCAUUUAAUUAAGGAUUUAAAUAUGCCAAAGUACUACUGCAUUUGGACAACCUCCUAAAUAGCAGAAACAAGUGCUAAUAGGGCUGCAGAAAUUACUUUCCUUCCUCUAGGAGACCUCCCCCAAAAGGGGAACUAUGCUGUGCUUUUAAAUCUAAUGUGCAAUACAGAUAUACUUAUUACCAUAGAAUGGAACUAAGGCUUCAGAAUGCCCCAGAGAAGAAUAUUAAAUCGACUUUAUUGUAUCGAAGCAUCACCAAACCUGUGGUGACCAAGUUUAGGAGUGGAAGAAACUUGAAUCUAAUAUUGCUUCAGUCUGCUCCAUGCAUUCUCUAUGAUAUGUGCACUACAGGAAAAAUGAGGCAGUGGAGAAGGAAUCUCAGUACUGAAAUGAGUGUUUCGGGACCUUAGUUUAGACCAGCCAUUGAUCCUUAUCACCUAGCUCUUAACACAUGCACUGCAUUUACUGAUAAUAUGCCAUUAGAUCAAAAUACCAAAUUAUUUCAUUAUGAUGUGAAGUCCACAGCAGUCUGAAUAAAUAAACAGCUUCACCCAUCCUGUUUCCUACAUAAAAAGGUAGCUAGGGGAGAUAGGGCAAUGGAAAACUCAAUCGAGUUAAAAGGUGAGAGAAAUCUCUUCCACUGUCCAUUUUAUGCAGGAUUUUUGACAUGAAAAUAAAUCUGGUGAACCUCUCACUCACCUUAACAUAAAUCUGGAGUAAAACUGGAGUGGGAUGAAAACCAGGCCUUAUUUGUACAGUGUUCUAUCAGAGAUCUUGCUUAUCACAUGGACAUAAUGUUCAAAGACACUACUCAACUAAAACUGUUUUGUCAUUCAAAUGAAAUGAAAGGUAUUUGGAUUGUGUUUAGUAGAAUGCCAUGACAAUUCACUAUAAAUGUAGUACAGCAAAUAUGUUGUGAUAGUUAAAUGUGUAUAAUUUAGACCUAAAACUAAAAUCCUGACACUUGUGGAUGCAUGUGAAUGGAAGAUCCAUGGUCUUUUCACUCGGGUGGUGGUGAUAAAUAUCUGAUGUCCUAAAACAAAAAACCCUCAGUUGGUUAACGGUCUGUCCACUUAAAUUCCCUCUGUGUUGUGCCAGUGUGCUAUAAUUGAGUGACCACAAGCCAGAGACUCUGAGCUCUAGUAUUGCCUUUACCACUGACUUGCUUUGUGACAGUAAAUCCAAACCCUCUCUUGCAUUUGGCUUCAAACCCAAACCCUGAACCUUAGCCCAAACUCAGUCCAGAUUCUAUUUCGAAUGUUGCCCCCAGCCUCUCUGAUUAGCAUUGCUGUAGUUUGUGUUGGAUACAGGCUUUGUGUUAAACUGUUAUGUAGUGACUCCUAAAGGCUACAUACUCCCCUUCUUUCUGCACCGUGGAGGGGAGCAAAAGAGAAAAGGUCUGCCCAGAUCAGAACAAAAGAGUGGAAAGGUACUGAGUGGUGACCACACCAUCCGCUCCCCCUUAGAAGGUAACGGAACACUUCCACGUGGACACCGCUCAGCUGGGAUCUGUGGUGAGACAUGUAGGAGCAGAGAGGGGGUGCAGCUGGGGAGCAGCCAGUUUACACAGCAUGUUCCCCAAAGGACCCAGCAGAUUUAGAUCAGCAGUUCCUCCAUAACCUGCUGCUGCUGGUCCUUUUCUCCUCGUGCUCCUCCUGUGGCUGGGCUUGAGCUGCAGUGCGUGCCCUGCAGCAAACUGCAGUCUGUCACUCCAUCACUGGCACCCAGGAAUUAGAGGUGCAUUUUUCAUCCAGUUAUAAAGAAAGCGUGCUCCCAAGAAACCCGUAUGAGUGAGGCCCCACUCUGCAAUGGAAUCCUGGCCUACCCUGGCCUGGGUUCUGCUACUUAGCCUGAUCGCUGACUGUCUGAAAGCAGUUCAACCUAGAGACUUUACAGUGAAAGAUAUUAUCUACCUUCAUCCUUCAACCACACCAUAUCCUGGUGGAUUUAAAUGUUUCACCUGUGAAAAGGCGGCAGACAAUUAUGAAUGCAACCGAUGGGCUCCAGAUAUCUAUUGUCCAAAAGGGACAAGAUACUGCUACACUCAACACACAUUGGAAGCUGGUGGAGAAAGUAUAUCUGUCACUAAGCGCUGUGUGCCACUGGAGGACUGUUUGUCUACUGGAUGCAUAGAUUCAAAACAUGAAGGCCACAAGAUCUGCACUUCCUGCUGUGAAGGAAAUAUCUGCAACUUGCCAUUACCCAGAAAUGCAACUGAUGCAAUAUUUGCAACGACAUCCCCUAUAAAUCAGACAAAAAGACUUUCCCAACAUAUAUCAAUAAUAACGUCGUGUCUCCUGUUGGUAUUUACUUCAUAGCGAUGUCAUAUGGUGCCAUUUGUAUAGUUGGAAAAGCUUAACUGGAUAAAAACCUUAGUAUCAAUAAUAUGACCUUAUCUUAAUAUAUGUUCAAAAUCCUAAUAUUUCAACAACAUUCCCAAAAUUUUAAUUUCUUCUUUAUUUUAUUUUGUUAAUUUUGGUUAGUACUGCAUCUAAAUGUUCCUGAAGUAUAUUCUCCUGAAGGGGAGAAUAAUCCAAUUGUUUUCACUUAAUAUUUAGAGUAGAAACACAUUUGAAAUAUUUUCAAAGCUAGUGGGUUGCCCAUAUACACUGGUACAUAGAAUAUUCUUGAAAUUUGUCUUCUCUCUGUGAAGUGGUAAUAUUUAUUAAGAAUAUAUUAUGCAGCUGUAGAAUCAUAUAAUUUGCUUAUUUGAAGCUCUCUCAUGAAGAGGUAUUUAUUUACUGAUUCCAACAGAAUAAUUUGAUUCUCAGAUCAAUCUUUGGCACCUUCCUGAUUUGUUUGGAAACCUCACAGUAGCUAAUCUAACCUUUCAGCUCUCAACGCCUGCCCUGUCACUUUUUUGCACACUACAAACUUCCAUUGGAUCUGCUGCUUCUUUCACUUACAGUGAUGUAAAUCAGGAGUAACUCCAUUGAGGUCAAUGGAGUUACACCAGUAUAAAAGUAGUAUUAGAGGAGAACUGGGUCCAAUGGGAGAUUGUGAACAGGCUUCAACUGUUCACAAAUGCCUUCUCUAAAGCAGUCCAUCAACAGUGAAAAUGUUUUUUUUCUUCGUGAGAACCCAGAGGGGAAAAAGAAACCUUCACAUCCGACUUUUUUAAAAUGUUUGCUGUGGUGCUGAGCAUGGUGGUGUUACCUGUUGUAAAAACUCAUCUGUUCUAUGAACAAUGACAUCACACCACAUUUUGUAAGUCAAGCCUGAGAUAUUUUAAAGACCUUCGUUUUUAAGCUUUAUUGAUCGAAGCAUGGGCUCAGAUACAACUAGCCAGCUUUAGUCUAAGAGGGGAAAAUGUAUAUUAAAAGCUAUUUGAAAGCCUCCUGUGGAAUAUGAUGGUACAUGACAAGGCAGCACAUCUCAUAGUACUUCACAAUUUUAUUUCUUUUUACAGGUAGGUGCCCAGUCCUUCAAGGCGCUUAACACUGGCUCUAAUUUAGCAAAGUGCUUAAGCACAUGCUUACCUUUAAGCACAUAAGAAGUCCCAUUGAACUCGCUGUGUUUUGGAACAACCACAUAGACAUAUUCUGGUCUAGGUCCAUGCAUGCCAGUACCAGUGAUGUCAUUGGGGUAUGGACAUUUAAAAGUGAGAAUAAGAUAUAGCUUGCCUAAAUUCAACUUUUAUGAUAUUUUUAAAUACCGUUGGAGACAGAAUUUAGAACUAAAUUACUGCUAAAUUAAGGACCGAUCCAGCAAUGUUACCACUCUCCAAAUUCCUGUUGACUUCAGUUAGAAUUAUACAUACCAAACAACUGCAGGACUAUGCCUGAGGUUUUACAUUUAAAAGUAUAUAUCAAAAUGUAUAAAACUGUUUAGCCACAUGGCAAGAAACACAUUGUAGUGCAUGAUCGUACACUGACAAAGAAAGGCUAGUAAAACGUCAUUUAUUUCUAAUGUUUACUCCUGGUAUAUAGGAAGAAACUUUUAAUAGUCUUGGCUAUAUUUUUGGCACCAACUGUGUGUAUGUCACUUGUAAAUCAUUUAUACAAUAUUUAUUUUUGUAUGGUAUGAUUAGAAUCUAAUGUAUUGUUUUAAAAAAACAUUCUUAAGAAUAAUUUACCCUAAUAGGAUAGUUGUUUUAAGAUUGGGUAAAACUGUAAUAUAUACUAUGAUAAUUUAUAACAUUUUGCACCAGUGUUGAAAAAAGAUUAAUUUGCUUUACAAGGUCAGUAGUAAAUUGAAGUUUCCCUCACUGGUUUAACUUAAAACUAAACAAAAAACUGGGUGGAAUUUUGAUAGAUUGUACAACCGUGUAAUUUUACAUGCAAAUGUUUUUGAGCUAUUUUUGGUUAGCAAGAAUCAACUGAUAACUUGCACUUAAUCAAAUUACCAUACAGGUUUAUGCUCCGAGGCUUAUGUAGUGAAAUGUAUUAUAAAGAGGGAGGAAAUAUUGCUGGAAUCCAAGUGCUCUGUAAAAAAUCUUUGAUAAGAAGGUACCUUCUAAAGGGCAUAAAAAUUGUCCACAAACACUAAUCUGGUAGAGUUUCUUCGAAAUAUCAAUAAUCUCUAGACACUAUUGAUCCCAGUAAGCAAUGCUCUUGUCUUAAGGCUUGUCUACGCUACCGUCUGGAUCAAUGGGCAGUGAUUGAUCCAGCGGGUGUCUAUUUAUUGUGUCUAGUAUAGACGCGAUAAAUCAACCGCCGAUCGCACUAGUGUGUACUCCACCUCAACAAAAAGUGCACAGUGAUGAAACCGUGGUAAGUAGAUCUAAGUACGUCAACUUCAGCUACGUUAUUCAUGUAGCUGGAGUUACAUAAUUUAGAUCAAUUCUCCCACCCCCCACCCCCAUAGUGUAGACCAAUGGCUUCUUUUGGGCUACACAUCUGUACUAUUUAGGAUUUGUGUGAAAGAUUUUUUUUAUGGGAAAAUUUGAAAAACCUCACAAUUCAUCUGAAUCCUUCCUCCCCAUGCCCCACGUAUUUUUGAGGGGUUGGAGAACUUUCACCUGUGUGAAAAUUCAGAUGUUUUUACACAUUUCAGUGUGAAAAUUGAGCUUUACCCCUUUUUAAAAAAAAAUAAUUAAUUUUACUUACAAAUAAAACUGAGUGAAAGUUGGCCCAUUUUUAUUCACAAAUGGUCAUGUUCUUGAUCAAAAACGAUGGAAUUUCAGUGUUUUUAUCCAGUUGCAUCAUUUUUAUGGUAUUGCAGUAAAAUAUGUGGAUCUCUAAUUUGAGUGACCAUCUCAACAAUCCCUGGUAUUAAUUACAAGGGUGGUUGCAAUCUGCUAUUUUUAGGCAAGGGAGGCAUGUCCUUUGGGAUCCUGGCGAGUUACUGGUAUGGCCCUCAGUUGCACAAAGUUUGGCCCCCUCUUGAGUAGACUUUCUUAGGUUAUUAAAGCCCAAUCUUGUGAGCUGCUUUGCACGCUCAACUCCCAUUGGCAUUAGGGCUGCAUAGGUCAGCCACUGACAUUGCAAAAGUAGUCUCCCUACAUGUAAACUGUAUCUCUAUAUUUAAUACUUUUCCUGUAGAUAUUACGUUUUUGAUGCUUGAUUAACUGGGUGAUAUUUUUAGGUUACUGCUGAAGCCUCACCAAAUGUAACCAACAUUUUGAUGAGCUAGAUGAGUUGAACCAUCUUGACUAUGCUGCGAUAGUGUCUAUCUUUUUUACUAGGGAGGGAUUAUGUUUUAUUAGUAGUAAAGCAUUUAAAAAUGGCUUUGUACCUACCAUUUGUUCAGUUAAAUGACAUAUGGCCAAAUUCUGGGUGUGUCUGUGCAGAUGCACUCAUAGGCAAGCAGACCCUGGGAGCCUCUCCCCAGUGGCAUAUAUAGCUCAGUCCCUAUGCAGACCUCAUAUCAAGGGAGUGCUAGACUGAGACAUGGCUUGUGAACCCAGUAGUGCUCUGCAGCCAUAGAAGGUACAAGGCUGUGUCAAGGCACAUACUCGCCUUUCCAAAGCAACAGGUACAGCCACUGUAAUCAUGUUCUCCAGCACCAACCCAAGCUAUUCUGUUGGUUUCAUCAUUGCAUAGAUAGAAUGAUUCAGGCUACUUCUACUUUGCAGCUCCAUCUCCUCUAAUCUCAUCCCCAUCAGUGCACUGCAGAUGUGCAAGGACCUGUCUUGCCCUUAAAAGGAGAAGUUGCAACUGUCAAACAAAGUUGCUACCAGUUCUGUUAUAUACAGAUACAGCGGGGGGGGCUGUUGAUCAACAAAUAAGUCAUUGUUACUGGGAAUGUGCAGUGUGGGAAAUAAUAGUUUUAAAAAAAAAUUAAAUUAUCUGAAAACAGUGUUUACGGAGACUCUGUGCAUAAUUCUCCUCUUUGCCCCAAACUCUUAGUGCACCAGCCAAUCUGUGGAUGUAGUAUGAUAUUUUAAUAGCACAUAAAUGUUGAGAUUCUACAUAUUUAUUUUUUAGGCUCUGAACAACAUAUCAUCUUUUUAAAUAUCUGAUUUUUAAAUUUUGUAAAUUUUGUACAUUGUGUAAAUAAAUGAGGUUUUAAAUAUAAAGGUU